ACCACCGUCAUAAGUUACGGCUAUUAGGCGGGAAGCUUCGCCAUACCUCUCUCUCUAUAUAUCACCAAUCAGCAAAUCCCUCUCUCUCUCUAAUGGCAACCAGUAACUAGGGUUUACUCACAACUCAUGGACAUUGACUCCUCUCUCUUUCUCUGAAAAGGCGCCAUUGAGAGGUUUCACUGGCUCCAUUUGUCUCCUUCGACUGAUCCAGAAACCUAGGGUUUCCCCUUCAAUUGUCUCUUCAAAGCUCAUUUGGUGGUGACGGAUGCAAUUCUCCCUCUGAAAGGAGGCAACAACAAGCUCCACUUAGUUCCUCUCUCUCUCUAGACCUGCUCAGAAAACUAGGGUUCAUCCCUUUUCUCUGUCUCAUUUUUCACCAUGGCCAUGAAUUCUAUUCCCUCUCUAAAAGACGCCAUUUAUAAAAUCCAGACCUAUCUCCUAGACGGAAUUUCCAAAGAGAACCAGCUUCUUGCAGCUGCGAACCUAAUUUCUCGAAGCGAUUACGAUGACGUUGUCACAGAAAGAACCAUCACUAAUCUAUGUGGUUACCCUCUCUGCAACAAAUACCUUCCAUGUGAUCGUCCAAAGAAGGGGCGAUACAGGAUAUCUCUAAAGGAGCACUCGGUCUACGAUCUCAAGGAGACAUGGCUUUAUUGCUCACCUGAAUGUGUAAUUAACAGCCAGGCCUUCUCAAAAUUGUUGAAGCCUGAGAGGUGUGAGUUCUCAGACCCUGGUAAAAUUGCGGAGAUAUUGAAUUUGUUCAGUUCACCGAGUAUUGAAGAGAGUAAUGCUGGUGGUGCAGAGAAGAAUGAAAAAAUAAGCUUAGCGUUUUCUAGUUUGACGAUACAUGAGAAAGAAGAUGUGAGUGUUGGUGAUAUUCAGUCUAUGGAUUUUGUGGGACCGUAUAAUGCAAUUGAGGGGUAUGUGCCUCGACAAGAUCAGGUUCCUCCGGUUCAAAGGAAAGGGUCUAAAAGUGGCAAGUCAACCACGAAAAAGGACCCCAUUUAUCCUGAGACAAAUUUCGCCAGUACAAUAAUAAUUGGAGAACCAUCUUCCGGCAACCUCCAAAAGAAUUCAAGUUCCAAAUUCGUAAAUGACCACGUUCACGUAAAUGUUGAAGGUUCAAAAAGAGAACAGCAUGCUCAGGAAAAGUCCCAAUCCCACCCAAAAGAAACAAAAUUACGAUCUGCUUUGAAGAAUUUAGGUGCAAAGGCUUCUACUCGUACGGUUUCAUGGGCUGAUGAGCAGCAAACAAUAGUUGAGGGCAUCCAAAAUAUGACAUUAAACAAUUGCCAAGGGAUAGAAUCUGGUUCGAAAUGCAAAGAGAGCUCAGAUUCAUUGAGUGUCGAGGACACUAUGAUUUCCUCUCGACGUGCUUCAGCAGAAGCAUGUGCAAGUGCAUUAACUGAGGCAGCAGCAGCUGUUGCUUCUGGCCAAUCUAAUACCCUUGAUGCUGCCUCUGAAGCUGGAAUUCUCAUCUUCCCAUGUCCAAACAGUGUAGAAGAAGAAAACAUUCAAAAAGUGGCUGAUGAACUAAAACCUGAGGAAGGAGAAAAAUGGGUUAAGAGGCCUUCUUUAUUGCACACUGGAGCCUUUGACACUGAGGAAGAUUCUUGGUAUGAUGCACCUCCAGAGGGCUUUAGUUUGACUUUAUCGUCAUUCGCGACAAUGUGGAUGGCGCUUUUUGGAUGGGUAACUGCAUCUUCUAUGGCUUAUAUUUAUGGGAGAGCUGAAAGUGCUGAGGAAGAGUUUGUAGUUGUCGAUGGGAGGGAGUAUCCACAUAAAUUUGUCCUGGGAGACGGCCUUUCUUCUGAGAUUAAGGAAACUCUUUCUGGUUGUCUUGCUCGUGCAUUACCAGGAGUUGUAGCGAAUAUCAAGUUACCGACUCCUAUUUCAACUCUCGAAGUAGCUCUGGGCAGGCUACUUGACACAAUGACGUUUACAGAAGCAUUACCACCCUUUAGAAUGAAGCAGUGGCAUGUUAUUGUUCUUCUAUUCCUAGAUGCUCUCUCAGUUCACAUAGUUCCGGCUCUUGAACAACAUAUUGCAAGCAGAAGAACACUGGUUCACAAGCUGUAAUCGACUAUAUGAGAAAAUUCAGAAACAAUGAGGAUUUUGGACUCAAGAUCCCAUGUUAUCUACCGAUUUGGAAAGCUUCAAUUUGGCCCGUUGUAGGUUUCUGUUUGUGUCGGGGAAUUUCUUUCUUAUCAUUUUGAGGGAAAUAUAUCAGAAACGAGAAAGACACCUUUGGGCUUCCUUGCCAGCAAAGCCCCUAAUAAUGCUGAUGUAUGAUCUGUUUGGUUUUGACCCUGAUUCUUGUGUGGAUCGGGAGUACAUUGGUUUAUGGUUCCUUCCAUUUUAAUUGGCUGAUCAUAUUUGAAUGGAUUUUGAUAUCUGUUCUUUUAUGAGUGAAGUGACAGGCUACAUUACUUCAUUACUUUCUGGGUUGUGUGAGCUCCAUCUCCGAUUUAUUUUUUUUUUUUGAUGAUUUGUAUUUUCAAGAUGCAGUAAGUUAUGCAUGUCAAUGCUGCAAGGCAAACUUUGUGAUAUAAUUUUCCUCUCUUAUUUUUUUGGGUUAUUUCAAGUUGUAGCAACAAAGGGUCUAUGAAGCAAAUUACUUGCAUAUGGCAUCAGCAAGAGCCACCUGUUAAUAUUGCUGAUGCAGUAGAUGUAGAAUUCCAUUGUGCUCCGUACAAAAUUAUGGCGUAAAAAUACCUCCUAUAUGUAGCCCUAAUGUUUCUAAAUGGAUUUCUUCUUAAUAUUGCUGAUGUGGAUCCUUCUACAGUGUACAUUGAAAUCCAAUUCUUUUUCUCAGAUAAGAUUAUAGCUGGAUAGUGCUGCCAAUUGAAUGUCCAGUUAGGGUGUGAAGAGCUGAGGCACAAAUGCCACUCUCCAAUACCAACACUUAAGUUGCAUAUGUAGUAUCAACGUCUUUUCUUUAUGUUUAACAAUUGAAUCCCUGCUUACACACCCACCCACCCACACACACACACACACAUACACACACAAAGAAAAGAAAAGAAUGUGAAGCUGCUAGACUAAAAUGAUGUUUCACGUGAGGAUGGUUUGGCUUGCUUGUGUGUAUGUUAACUUUACUUGUUGAGGGGCUAGGCUAAAGAAUUUUUUGUGUUCAAAUUAUAUGUCGUGUUUUAGUUAUCCAGUUAGUGAGAAAUAAGAUAAGAUCCCAUUUGGAGUGUUGAUUUUCGAGUGACUGAACUACAAUUAGCAUAGUAGGCGACAUCUAGGGAAAUUGGUGAGAUUGCUUGCAACAUGUCAUGACCAUGGAAAGAGACACAAAAGACCAAAGCUAGUUGGUUUUGUUUUGCUUGGUAAAUGAUUGGCUAGUUGUUUUCAGCUUGCGAUUUCAAAUAAAGGUCUAGGUUGACUUUUACUUGCUUUAGGUGAAUCUGUAAAAGAAUUUUCUUUUGCUGCAACUGAGUGUAAAUGAAUAUUAGAUUAACUCCCAUGUGUAACUUUAAGAGUUGAGCUUAAUUGGUGUAAGCCAUGUAAUGUUGCUGUUAUUCAACUUCGGGCAAGGUUAUAUGUGCUCUUCCAAUGAUUUUAGCUGCUUAAAUGGCUGGCUAAGCAGCGGAAUGCAACUGCUGGGUGGGCUUAGUUAUAUGAAAUCCCUUGGAUCUUUUCUGUGCAUACUGAUAAUUUUAAGUGGAGUAAUAUAUACAUGAUCUGGUGUACUAGCUUCUGAAAGGUUUUGGCUAUAUUUUAUAAAAAACACACACUAUUAGUUUUUCUGAAAAUGAUGGUAUGAAUUUAUUUCCAUUUUAUAUUUUUACCUAUCCUGUUAGAUCUCUUUCCUUUGAGAAUUUUUUGGGUGGAACAGAUGCUAGAGGAUGCUCAAGUUAGCAAUGAGGAGUAUAACAUCAUGAGGGACCUAUUUCUACCUGGACAGUCUGCACAAUAGUGGAGAUUGAAAACCCAUUGGACAUUCAUAAUUGAGAGGAUGGGACCAUACACCAUAUAGAGAACUCAACAUCCAUCUUCCAUGUUUACAUGUGCAUCGGACUUGAGUAACCAUUGCCCCCAAAAAUCUGAGCUGCUAUAAGAGUCGGGAACAACUCAUGACCCACUGUUUGGUUAAAUAAGGACGGUGGAUGUUGGGUUGAGUCUAUACACAGACGGGUUAUAUGGAAUAUUUCCCCCCGCAGGGAUUUAUGGAAAAAAAUGCUUUAGCAAGUCACUUCAGAAAAUGAAGUGGAUCCGGCAGCUGGUACAAUGUAAUGGUGUUUUUUUUCCUGCAAGCUUGCUUAUCCAGAACUUCCUAUGUGAUACACAAAGGACUGCUCUGAUGAAUGAAAACUAUGGACUAUUAUGUUGAAAGUAA